GUAGUGAUGUCAUAUCCGUUGUCCAGGUCUUCACACCCCUCUCAGCAGUCACUCCUUUUAUCUUUUUCUUAGGUCUAAACUUUUGAGGUGGGCUGGGUAGAUAGCAGCCGGGAGAGGGUAGGCUGGGUGCGCGGCUUGGAGGCACUUCAGCACCUUGGCCAGCGCCACUGCAGCUCGACCCGCCCUCGGGAGCUCCCGGACUCCGCGUUCCGAGAAUGCCUGCGGAAUGAUCGCCCCCAGCGCGGCUGCCGCUGCUGCCGCUGCUGCCGCUGCUGCUGUUGCUGCUGCCGCCGCCGCCGCCGCCUCCACUCUGCUCCGACCGCAGGCGGAAAGUGCGACCGACGAGGGAAAGAUCUCUGCAGGGAGAGUAGAGUGGCUGCAUAACAGAGAAUAGAGGGGCAAAACCCAGAUCAGAAUGCAGGCUACAUCCAACCUUCUCAACCUCCUGCUGCUGUCUUUGCUUGCUGGAUUAGAUCCUUCCAAGACUCAGAUUAGUCCCAAAGAAGGCUGGCAAGUGUACAGCUCAGCACAGGAUCCUGACGGGCGAUGCAUUUGCACAGUGGUUGCUCCAGAACAAAACCUGUGUUCCAGGGAUGCCAAAAGCAGGCAGCUUCGUCAGCUUCUGGAGAAGGUUCAGAACAUGUCCCAGUCUAUUGAAGUCUUAAACUUGAGAACUCAGAGAGAUUUCCAAUAUGUUUUAAAAAUGGAAACACAAAUGAAAGGGCUGAAGGCCAAGUUUCGGCAGAUUGAAGAUGAUCGGAAGACGCUAAUGACCAAACAUUUUCAAGAGUUGAAAGAGAAGAUGGACGAGCUCCUGCCCUUGAUCCCUGUGCUGGAACAGUACAAAACAGACGCCAAGUUAAUCACCCAGUUCAAGGAGGAAAUCCGGAAUCUGUCAGCCGUCCUCACUGGGAUUCAGGAAGAAAUCGGUGCCUAUGACUAUGAGGAACUGCAUCAAAGGGUGCUGAGCUUGGAAACCAGGCUUCGUGACUGCAUGAAAAAGCUAACAUGUGGAAAAUUGAUGAAAAUCACAGGCCCAAUUACUAUCAAGACAUCUGGAACACGAUUUGGUGCUUGGAUGACAGAUCCUUUAGCAUCUGAAAAAAAUAACAGAGUCUGGUACAUGGACAGUUAUACUAACAAUAAAAUUGUCCGUGAGUACAAAUCAAUUGCAGACUUUGUCAGUGGGGCUGAAUCAAGGACAUACAACCUCCCUUUCAAGUGGGCAGGAACUAACCAUGUUGUCUACAACGGCUCGCUCUAUUUUAACAAGUAUCAAAGUAAUAUCAUCAUCAGAUACAGCUUUGAUAUGGGGAGAGUGCUUGCCCAGAGAAGCCUGGAGUAUGCUGGCUUUCACAAUGUUUACCCCUACACAUGGGGCGGAUUCUCUGACAUCGACCUAAUGGCUGACGAAAUAGGACUGUGGGCUGUGUAUGCCACCAACCAGAAUGCAGGCAAUAUUGUCAUCAGCCAACUUAACCAAGACACCUUGGAGGUGACGAAGAGCUGGAGCACCGGGUACCCCAAGAGAAGUGCAGGGGAAUCUUUCAUGAUCUGUGGGACACUGUAUGUCACCAACUCCCACUUAACUGGAGCCAAGGUGUAUUAUUCCUAUUCCACAAAAACCUCCACAUACGAGUACACAGACAUUCCCUUCCACAACCAAUAUUUUCACAUAUCCAUGCUUGACUAUAAUGCAAGAGAUAGAGCUCUUUAUGCCUGGAACAAUGGCCACCAGGUCCUGUUCAAUGUUACCCUUUUCCACAUCAUUAAGACUGAGGAUGACACAUAGGCAAAUGUGAUUUGUUUUCAUUGAUUUAAAGUGUAAUUUGUGAUAAACUCCAUAGGACCCCUUCUGUUUUUUCUUUACUAUGACUUUUCAUCAUUUCUCCAAAGCAAAGCAUUUUUUAUUGUAAAGGUGGUGUUUCAAAAAACAGCUGAGCUUGUCUAAGUUAACAUGUUGGAAACACUUCUUAACUCCUAAAUUUACAAGGCCUAUCAUAUUCUUGUCAUGAAAAACACUAAAAAGAGUUUAAGUGGCUAAAGUCAUAGUUUUGCAAAAGGUUAAUGAUCUGCCUUAUAUUAGAGUCAGAGACUAAUGGUGGCUUAAAUGCAUGAAUGUCUUUUUUUUUUUUUUGAACGCCGUCAUUUUUUACUGUCUUUUGCUCCACAUCAGGAAAUAUUUUGGUAGGAAUUAGAAAGAAAAAAAGCGCUUUCCCCCCAUUUCUUUCUUUAAAAAUAUUUAAGGAUUUCAUUUAUAUGGAAAAAUAAUCAUUUUGCUGUUAACACAAUUCUCUGAUGCGGUGCUGUACAGUCAUUUUUAAAUCUCUUGCUAACGUUUUAUUGGCAAUAUGUAUUUCUACCAUUGUAACCACCAUUGUGCAACUGUAUCUCUUCACUUCUGUGAAAGUAAGUAAUAUUUUUUAUAAAAUACACUGAAAUUUAAUCUUAGUAAUUAUUCGAGUCAAUUUUCAAGUGCGGUCAAGAAGGACCUUCUUGGCUUACCCCUUUACAUAAGCAUUAUAAACUAAAUAGAAAAUCAAACCAGACACCUUACAUAGAGUCUUUAUUUUACCCCAAGUCUACUGGACCACUAACAUUGAAAAGUGAUUCAGUACAGCUGAGUUGCCACAUUCACUCCACUGAAUGCAACCCAUAUAGUUGCUUGCAGAUGAUACAGCUGAGUCAAAAAAUAGGAUUUGAGUUGAUUCCACUCAUUUGUUAUAUAUCAAACAAAUUUUGAUUUUUAUAAUUAAAUAUAUUAGUAUUUUAACAUAAUAUUUCAUGCACAACUCACAAUAGUGUAAUCUCUUGUAUCAGAACUCUAAAAAUAUAUGAAGCACACAUGAAAGCUCGUAAAAUAAUUUUUUGUUUUGUCCUCUAGGUUUAGAUUAUGAGCCCUGGAGAGCUAUGAGUAAGAUUUGUGCAAGCAAAAGAAAGUGAUGGGGAGACUUGGGACUUAUAUGUGUGGUUUCAAAAGUGUAAAUAACCAUUUCAGAAAACAAGAUGGAAAGGUGACUCCUUGUUACUCUGAUUCAAUGUAUAUGUAGAAAUAAUGUAACAAAAAAGAAAAGCUUUAAUAACAUUUAUGUUAAUAACUCCACAAAACAUAUAAUCAAUCUAUAUAUCAAACAUGUCAUUGAGUUUAAAUGUAUUUUCCAUAUAUUAAAAACAGUUCCCUAAGGCAGCUUUAUGGAAACUAUUAUGGAUUGGUUUUACAAUUUUAAAAGUAUAUUCCAUAAUAAAUAAUAUAUAACUUAAAUUGUUGUAAAUGUUUAGUUUCACAAAUACAUAGUACCACAAUUUUCUCUGAAAGAUAAAGAUAAAAUAAUUCAGAUAAAGCAUUGUGUAAAGAAAUGCUAAUAUUUAAGGGUAAUUAAUUUCAAAUGCCACAAGAAAAACAUCAUACUCAAAUAUCUCACUGUCAAAAUUGUAGGAUUAAAUAAUCUAAUCCUGAAAUUGU